AUUAGUUUCAUCCAAUCCCGUCACUGUAUUUCGAUCGGGUGAUUAUGAAGAGUGCCUAUGGUGUCGGGAGCGCCACCAUCAAGAUGCAACUACGCACGCGAAAGCGCGACUUUGCUGCGUCCGCUGCAGUGACCACUACCAGCAGCGUUUCAAGUACCCAAUCCCCAAAAAAACGGACUGUAAGGUCGAAAACUACCUCCUUAGGAGCCACGCUUGCCGGACAGAAGGUCGACGGCGUGGCACCCACCCAUUCCAAGUUCCCCGUGCUAUCAGCAUUGAAAGAACGAGUGAGUCACGCCUCGAGUGACGCUAAAAUCUUGCUGCAAUACUCGAAUUUGGUCCCAGCACGACUUAUUCGUCGGUAUAAACGGUUCCUGGCCGAUGUCGUGCUGCUGGAUGGAGCUACCAAAGACAAGAACGAGGUCGUUGAUUAUGAGGAAGCUGAGGCUGACGAGGUGGUGACUGUGUACUGUCCGAAUACGGGACCGAUGGUCGGACUGUUAGACGGCCUACCGAACGCCCGCGUGCAGUUGUCAAAGAGCGACGAUCCCAAGCGCAAAUACGCGUACACCCUCGAAAUGAUCCAGAUCCAUAAUGGAGAGAAGAACGUGUGGGUUGGUGUGCAUUCGACGUCAGCUAACCGGAUGGUAGAGCAGGCGCUGGCUUCAAGGUGGUUCACCGAGCUUGGAGACUACGACUCGGUGCGACGCGAGGUCAAGUUCGCUAAGAACAGUCGUGUGGACUUUGUGUUGACUACUAGUCACGCGGACGGCACUAUCGCUCACGAGAAAUACGUCGAGGUGAAGAGCGUCACUCUCGCUCUACCUGGCGACACGUCUCGUUGCGCUGUAUUCCCCGAUACAGUGUCCACUCGAGCUCAGAAGCACGUCACGGAGCUGACAGAGUUAUUGUCCACGAAGACUACAGCCAAGACUGAGGAGGAGGCAGCCAAAGUGAGUGGAGCUAUCAUCUUCCUGGUGCAGCGUGACGAUUGCAACACAUUUGCGCCUUCUAUCCAGCAUGACAAGAAGUUUGCGGAGCUAUGCGCAGUAGCAGCUAAAAGUGGCAUCCAACUGCUGGGUUACUCGUGCGCUUUGGAACCUGAUGAGGUUAAAUCCUCUGGAGUUGUGCGGCUUCUGGGACCUCUGCCAUUACAGACAAGGGAUUAAUUGCUCUUACGUCGUCGCGUAUACGAAACUUCGAAUGCUCUUGAGCAUCACUUCAGCCCAGCUCAUCAUUUCAUCGUGCAGUUCUUGUAAUGCCACGUCAGAGAGUGGGAACUCUGGUCGACGGAUCUUUAGAAAGAUGGCACGUCGCAUCGUGACUACCAGCUCUUCUUCGUCUUGGCUUGAAUCACUCUUUUUGCUUGCAGUCAACACAAUGGCACCUGAUGAAUCUCUUCGAACGCGCUCUUUACUGUGAUACGGAUACAGCUCGUCCUCAUCAAUACAAUCCACUAUGAAAACCCCGCUAGGUUCACAGCCAAAACCAUCGCUCUCUCCGUUAAACAUGUGUCGAAACGAGAUAGCGUUGCCUUCCACUGCGAUUCCCCGGCGGUUGGUAGACACAAAUCGACUGUGGAAAGCUUCGUCCUCAAUGGUGUCGUAGUCGUCUCGAAGCACGACAUGACCGAGUUGCUCGGAGAUGACGAUUUCCAUGUUAAUCAUGAAAAACGCCAAUGCGUCGUAAACUUGCUGGAGCGAAUUGACACCAGGAAAGUGAAUUGUAUCAAAACGGACACAGCAGAGAUCACCUUGGUCGUUCUCGAAGCGAUUUUCCGAGAAAUGAGAAGUGGAGGACUCAACACGGUGCCAAGACGACAUGACAAAGUCGUACCCGUUGUGUAACUUGGACUCCCGCAUCGCUAGGAGAGUGUUGCGACGUUCGUUCCAAUCCUUGGUGAGGCAGAUACGAGUGUAGAGGGGAUAGUAAGGCUGGUCCAUCUAGAGCGCGACACUUAGGUUAGAAAUAUUAUUGUUAUUAUUAUCGGUACGAAGUACUACGUACCAGACAUCGUGAUAGA